CCAACAAUGGGCCAUCCCAUUCCCCGACAGGGUGCAGCAAACUGCGUUCCUCGCCGCACGCCGACAAUUCCCAUUGUCCUGAUUCUCCGGGUUCAUGUACUCCAUGCUGUGCUACCUAUUACUCGCUGCCGAUGCUUCCUCGUGUUAGCCUUGGCCUACCACGCCCUGACGCGUCCCAUCGCAUCAGCCAUUGCGUCCAUCGGCCUCGUGGUUCUCCGUUGCACGCCGGCGUCGCAACAGCCACAUUGCAACUCCAACUGACUCGAUGCCUCUGGAGCCAUCUGCACGCCGUGUCAAACUCACCCACCGCUGGAUUGUUACGUGGGAAAAGCCCAGUUAGCACUUCUGUCCGGAGCGGGAGGCACCGAGCGUGGAACGAUACCAGAGUUUCGCUCAUCUUGUGCCUCGUCAACUUUAGCGCCUCCACGCCCUCUCACCAGAACCCAAACUACACAACUCACCAGGCGAGAAGAGUAAAGAGCAGAGGCUCCCACGCGCCCGCCCGGGGCCCCCCGUCGUAUGAUUGGGAGUGUGCGGAGGCUCGGUCGGCACGGUACGUACGGAUGAGAUUCCAGCACGAUGCGACCAGGGAGGGAGGGGUGGAGCACCGUCAAUCAGUAACAUCAACGUGGAUAUUCUUGGCCCGAGAUACCCUCAUUCAGUCUAUCGCUCCCGACCUUCCCUCUGGGACAAUCAGCGUAUCGAUAGCCCUCCGGUCCUCCGGUUCUCCUCGGAGUGUCCCUCGAUAAGGCGCCGGCUCGCCUCUCCGGUGUCGUCCAGUCAAGUGCAUGACAUGACACAGCCAGAGGCCGGGCGGCAAAAGAUAAACCUCUUGCGGGAUCGGCAUGGCAUGUCUUAUCAGAGCCGCUCAUAACCCUGAUUGCCAUCCCCCCGCGUAUCUGUAUCUUUGUCUCAACUCGGAGCCUUCGCACGCCACCCCAUGCACCCUCG